CGUCUACGGCUGUCCGUUGGCCAAGAAGAGGAAGGCUCUGGAGAAACAGCCUCUGGAGCCGGCUGCCAAGAGGAGGCCUUUCCUCUCCGGGGGGGAAGAGGUCGUCUACACUAACUACCAGAAUGAAGUAGAGAAGGUGAAGGAGCAAGGGGAGGUAGUGGAGGAAGACGAGGAGGAAGAGGAGACGGGUAGAGAAGGCGAUGAAGAUGUGGACGACGAGUUCUCGGAGGACAACGAGGAGGAGGACGAGGUGGAGGUGGAGAGGGCGGUGAAGACAAUGGGAAGAGAACGAACGGAGGACGAAGAAGACGAGGAGGAGGAAGAGGACGAUGGGAUGUACGAAGAGGAGGAGGAAGUGGAGGAUGGCGAUGAUGAAGACGAGCAGGAUGACGAGGGAGAGGAAGACGAGGAGGAAGAUGAGGAGCCGAAUCGUCAGCAUGUUGACAAGCACUACAAACCCCUCGGACAAUCAAAGCUUCUUCCAAUCCACAAGGACGACAACAACAACCACCACGGCACCAUCAGCGCUGGAAACGGCACGGGGGAAGAUUACGAGAAUUACGACGAACUGGUCGCCAAAUCGCUUCUCAACCUGGGGAAAAUCGCAGAAGACGCCGCCUACCAAGCCAUGACGGAGUCCGAGAUGAACAGCAACUCUUCAAACAGCGCUGGAGAAGAAGAGGAAGAUGAUGAAGACGAUUACAGUCAUCGUGGCAAUCGGAAAGGAGAACUGAGCGUGGAUUUGGAAAGUGACGUGGUGCGGGAAACCGUGGAUUCCCUGAAGCUUCUGGCACAGGGACACGGGAACAUGAUGCCGGAUGAAGGAUAUCCAGAAGUUGGAGGAAAUAUCGGACAUGCUAACGGACGACAAGGCAUCGGGGCGGACGAGAGCGAGGAGGAGGUUUGCCUCAGCAGUCUGGAGUGUUUGAGAAACCAAUGCUUUGAUCUGGCUCGGAAACUCAGCGAAACUCAAUCCUGCGAUCAUCCGGCGCUCCACGCUCUUCAUCACCAGCUCCAGAACCCCUCAGACCACUCGAUGAUGCACCACCUCAACAGGUACGACAGCUGCCAGCAGAGCGCUCAGGAGGAGCAGAGAUCUCUGGAGCGCAGCUACUCCGACAUGGUGAACCUGAUGAAGCUGGAGGAGCAGCUGAGCCCCGGGUCCAGAGGCUUCCAGGAGGGAGACGAGGACACGACGUCUGUGAACUCUGACCGCUCCGACGAGACCUUCGACAUGGCCAAGGGAAACCUGUCUCUGCUGGAGAAGGCCAUCGCCCUGGAGUCGGAGAGGGCGAAGGUCAUGAGGGACCGCAUGAUGGCGUCCGAUCACUCUCUUCCUCGCAGAGAUCAUCAUCAUCAUCACCACAGAGGAGAACACAGCUCCAGGCUGAGCUGCGCUGGAGAGGAGAGGAAGUCCAGGAUGCACCACGACGGGAUGAAGAGGGCGUACUACCCUAAAG